UUUCCUUUGAGCGAGGCAGCGUUCGCAAGUCCACGGCACGGGGCAUGAAGCCAAUCUUGGGUUUGAUUUCGGUGGCCGUGUCUCUCUCGCCCUGGCUGGCCUGUGGGAUGCGGUGCUCGGAAAAUGAGUAUCCUCUCCAGAACAGGAAAUGCUGCAAAUACUGUAAACCAGGAGAACAGCUGGUGAAACGGUGCACGGUGACCUCUGAAACCACCUGUGAGCCAUGUGAGGAGAAUUACUACAACAACGGUUAUACCUACUCACGGUGUAAACGUUGCACAGACUGUGACUCCGAGCGAGGCCUCCGGGAGGUAAGUCCAUGCCAAAGGAUUUCGAAUACCAUCUGUGCCUGUCUUCCCGGCCACUCUCCGGAAGCGACUGAAGGGGAGAAAAGAUGCAAAGCCUGUCCCAGCGGGUAUUUUUCCCAGGGAGGGAAUGAGAAAUGCCGCCCUUGGACAAAUUGCACAGUGAGCGGCAAGAAAACCCUAUAUCCUGGGAGGGAAGAUGCCAACACAAUUUGUGACGAGCCGUCCUCCAAGGUUCCCGCCCUGCACACUCUCACGCAGCCCACUCCCUUUAAAAAUAGGGGUGGCAUCUUGACUGUGAUGCCCAAUUCUUCUCAGACUGUUCUGGCUAAAAAUCCAGGGUUUGUGUGGACUCUCGCCAUCACCAUGCUCUUCCUGACCAUACCUGGGGUCUUCUUGCUGCUGUUCUUUUAUCGGAGAACAAAGAAAAAGAAAGUGCAGAUCUCGUGUGAGGAAAUUUUUGCGGUUCCCUGCAAGGGUGAGUUUGGGGCGGCGAUAGAAGGGCUGGGUUAAAAUGUGAUUUUAUCAGCUUUGGGGGAAUCAUUUUCAGGUUAAUGUGGCUGAAUGAUCAGGAGCUGAUGGAUGGUGACAUCCUUUUUGAUUUAAAAAUGGGUCUUCCCUUUU